AUCUGAUGGAAAGAACAAAUUAAUGUAUUUAUGCUGCAUUGGAUCAUUGUAAAAUGGAAUUUGUAACAACACACCAGCCCGUAGCACUAGGUCAAAUAAACACCCAACCAGAACUUUUAAAGAGAGGCCCAGUUACCAUAAGGAAUCUCCAAGACACAGAAGAAGAUUGUCAGUUUAGUGGCAGAUUAAUGGUCGAAGCAUUUGAAAGAAAAUUUAUUCAUGCUACUAGCAAAAACAGCCUUCCUAAAAUACAGGAAUUAUUUGCAAAAAUGUCACGCAGAAGGCCUCCAUUAUAUUAUGAAAGAGACUUCAUUGCAGAAUACAAUGGAGAGAGAGCUGGCUCUUGUGUUCUUCGUUACCAUGGAGAUAAAGAUCUCUUCCCAGAUAGGGAUCAAGAUAUGCCUCCAUUAGGAUGCUCAGAUUCUUGUGGGUUGGCAUGUCUUAACUGUGCUGUAUCAGGUGAGGAUAUUCCACGAGGAAAAUGUUAUGUAGAUCACAUAGGAGUAGAUGCCAGAUUUAGAGGGAGAGGAAUAGGGAAAGUCUUGUUAGACAUGGCUGAAAUUGAUGCCAAAAGAAGGGGAUGUAAGGCUAUAUAUCUUUGGGUAGCAACUAGCAAUCGAGCACAGCACCUGUACGAGAGGCAGGGAUAUGUACUCAUGGAACAAUACUCAUUGUGUGGCUUACUUUGGUGUCAGACUGGAGAAAAAGAAUUUGCUCGCAUGGAAAAGAUUCUGAUGUGAUGAAAACAAUUUUUGCAAUCAAGUCAACGUUUAAUUGCUGCAGUGCCACAAUGUGCAAACUUGACAAUC